AAUAUAAUGAUGCAAUUUAGGUGUCCUCUUAUACAUUUAAGGACACCACGUACACAGCUAUUAGGACACAUAAACUGUGUCCUCGUAUAGAUAAGAGGACACAUUUUCGGUGUCCUUGUUUGGGACUUACAAUGACACCCGGAUAGAGGACUCAUUUUUUACGUGUCCUUGUAUGUAUUUAAGGACACGAUUUAGGUGUCCUUAAAUCAUGUUAUUGUACUGGUGGGAGUAAUAAUGGACAGGCUUGCGUUGCACCUGAUUACAUGUUGACCACAAAAGAUUUUGCUCCUCAGUUGGUGGAGGCCCUAAAACGUGAAUUGGAUAACUUUUUCGGGAAGAAUCCACUUCAAUCGAAAGAUUUGUCUCGUAUUGUUAAUUCUAAUCACUAUGCUCGCUUGACAAAGCUCUUGGAUGAGGAGGACGUUUCCGAUAAGAUUGUCCAUGGAGGUGAAAGAGAUUUAAGCAACUUGAGGAUAGCUCCCACCAUCUUACUGGAUGUCCCACAAGACUCUCUGAUCAUGAAUGAGGAAGUAUUUGGUCCCUUGCUUCCCAUUGUCACGGUUGACAAGGUGGAAGACAGUUUUGAUUUGAUCAAAACAGGAACAAAGCCUCUUGCUGCAUAUUUGUUUACCAACAACAAGAAGCUGAAGGAUCACUUUGUAAGGAGCAUCUCUGCAGGGGGUUUAGUUAUCAAUGACACUAUCGUACAUUUUGCUGUUGCAUCUUUGCCGUUUGGAGGAGUUGGGGAAAGUGGAAUGGGUGCAUACCAUGGGAAAUUCUCUUUCGAAGCUUUCAGCCAUAAGAAGGCAGUUAUUUAUCGAGGUUUUGCCGGAGAUUUUUCUCUGAGAUACCCUCCAUACACAAUGGGUAAGUUAAGUCUUCUGAAGGCUAUGGUUAGUGGUGAUAGUAUUUGGGGCAUAAUCUGGGCCCUGGUGGUUUACAAAAUCCUCAGUACUUUUAAAUCACUUGCUCGUAUACUGAGAUCUACCAAAUCAGAGUGAUGGUUGACUUGAUUCGCCACUUCGCCGGACGGCCGGAAACAAAGGGUUUGAUCUUUCAUUGCCCCAUUAGAACAGGUCAGCCGGCCUUUUCCUUUUGGUUGCUGGUCGGUGGGAAUCUGUACGUCUAGCCAAUAUAUAGAAGUUUGAGGAAUUUAUGUGCCAAUGAAGUGAUGUAAUUAUCGAACCCAUGCAUUCGUUAGUUUUCUAUUUCUAUAUGUAUCUUACAAAACUUUAGCCGAGUUGAAAAUCAUUUGUCAUUCUUGUAA